AGAUGCUCCAGAAGAAGAAUGCUGUUUUGGUGGAUGGGGUUAUCCUAAAUGGUCCAAUAAUGGACUCAAAAGCAGGAGAGAAGUUCGUGGAAGAUGCCUGUAAGAUUAUAAUGGAAGAAGUUGUCCAGAAAGCAGAUGAUGUAACAGAAAAGGUCUGUGAAUGGCAAGCCCCUGAAAAGCUUAAGCAGAUUCUUGACCUGGAAAUGAGGGACACUGGAGAAUGUCAUCAGAAGAUCCUGCAGCUCUGCCGUGAUGUUAUAAAAUACAGCGUCAAAACCAAUCAUCCAAGAUUUUUCAAUCAGCUGUAUGCUGGAAUAGAUUAUUACUCAUUAGUGGCUCGUUUCAUUACAGAAGCACUGAACCCCAGUGUAUACACAUAUGAAGUAUCCCCUGUGUUUCUGUUGGUGGAGGAAGCAGUCAUCAAGAAAAUGAUUGAAUUCAUAGGUUGGGAAGAAGGGGAUGGUAUAUUUAAUCCAGGUGGCUCUGUUUCUAAUAUGUAUGCUAUGAACUUAGCAAGGUACAAAUUUUGCCCUGAGAUAAAGGAGAAAGGGCUCUCAGGUCUGCCAAGACUAGUUCUGUUUACUUCGGAAGAGUGCCAUUACUCCAUGAAGAAGGCAGCCUCCUUCCUGGGAAUUGGUACAGAGAAUGUGUACUUCAUCAAAACAGAUGAAAGAGGUAAGAUGAUACCUGAGGAACUGGAGAAACAAGUCCAGCGGGCCAGGAAAGAGGGGUCAGCACCAUUUCUUGUCUGUGCUACAGCAGGCACAACUGUGCUGGGAGCAUUUGAUCCUCUGGAUAAAAUUGCUGAUAUCUGUGAAAAGCAUGGCCUCUGGUUUCAUGUUGAUGCUUCUUGGGGUGGCUCAGCUUUGAUAUCGAGGAAGCAUCGCAGACUUCUUCAUGGUAUCCACAGGGCUGAUUCUGUUGCCUGGAAUCCCCAUAAAAUGCUGUUGGCAGGAAUCCAGUGCUGUGCUCUUCUGGUGAAAGACAACUCUGGCCUCCUGAAGAAGUGCUACUCUGCCGAGGCUGCGUACCUGUUCCAGCAGGACAAGUUCUAUGAUGUCAGCUACGACACUGGUGACAAGUCCAUUCAGUGCAGCAGGCGUCCGGAUGCAUUCAAAUUCUGGCUGAUGUGGAAAGCUUUGGGAACUACAGGCCUUGAGGAGAGAGUGAACAGGGCACUGGCUUUGGCAAGGUAUCUAGUGGAGGAAAUUAAAAAAAGAGAGGGAUUCCAGCUUCUUUUAGAGCCGGAGUAUGCAAAUGUCUGCUUUUGGUACAUUCCACCGAGCUUAAGAAAAAUGGAGGAUGGACCUGAAUUUUGGCAAAAGCUGCACCAGUCAACUUCUUCCGCCAGGUGGUUAUCAGCCCGCAAGUUAGCCGAGAGGACAUGGACUUCCUGCUGGAUGAAAUCGAGCUUCUCGCUAAGGACUUGUAGCUGCAGCUCCAAAGCAUCAGGUGCUGCUCAGGUGUGAUAGUAAUGGAGAGAGAGUGGCAGCAGCAUUCUGGUGCUAUUUUGUGAAAGGUAGUAAAAAGCUUGACAUAUAGUUUGGAAACUGUCAUUUUACAGAUUGGUGUUGAGAGCUCUGCAGGUAGAACACCCCUUCACAGGAAAGCAUUUGCUGGCAGGGUCUAGGGGGCGGGUGGGUGCUUCCAGCACCAUUGCUGCCAUUCUGGGAAGUGUUUCCUGAAGAAGGGAGUGCUUCUGAAAAUGGUGUCUAUGCCCCAGGAAAGGCAGCUAUUUACUGGAUGCCUGUGCACAGUGUAGCUCAAACUGGUCACUUAUGCAUGCUGGCAAAAUUCCUCUGAAGUUGCUAUUACGAGUGGAUUUGUCAGUGAGCCUUAAUAUGCUAGUUAAUUCUCUUAUCUACUCUGUCAAUAUUUUAGUUUGGUAAUUAACAUGAUAAGACUGGAAAUUGUGAACUUACAUGAAAUGAGUUUUCCGAGGCCACCUACUAGGUGCAUUGCCUGGGUUUCUGCUGUGAGCACAAGCAGACAGUACAAUAAGGCUCAGUGCAGUCAUCACACCAGGAGGAACCUCCUGCACAAAGCCUUGAGUAGCCAAUAUUGACCCUGCUAGGAGCAGAUUGAACCAGAUUACUUUUUAAGGUCCCUUGCAACCUGUAGGAUUUUGUGAUUCUGUGAAACACAGUCAUUUGGUCCAGUCAGUUAUUGCCCAUCCAAAAUAUCACCACUUUAGGAGAGCUGAAAAUAUUGGAAUAAUAUUUAGAACUUCUUACUUCUUUGUCAACAGGAGUUACCUAUCAUUUCUGAAUUGCUGUUUACCUUCAUCUAUUUUUAAAGUGUAAAGAUUUAUUUAGAAGCUUUUGGAUGCACUUUAAAAUUUAUCAGAGAAAAAAAUAUAUAUUUGCCUGGAAGAUACAUAUUUUUAUGCAUGAUUACUUUAUAUUAAUAAUAUAGAAAAUUGCUUAUUUGUCAUUGUUUGUUUGUAUUUUCCUACAGAUUUGAGAUGACUCGAUCUUAUGUUCUCAGUAUAUAAUUUGUAAUUUUACUCUGCUAUUACAGUAGUGGUGAUCAGAGAAGGUCUUCCUGUGAUUUUAGGAUAUGAACGGUUUGAACAUUUUUGGUCAAUCUUAAAUUACAAAAUUAAGUUCUGCAUUUUGUUUUUGUGGUAAGAAUUAGACUAUACUUUUCAUCUGUUUUUUAUUCCGUAAAAAUAAUCCAUUUUAUAAAGAUAGAAAUGUAUUUCUUGUGAUGAAGUUGUUGCAGCAAACCAAUGGAAAUAGCCAUGUCUUUCACUUUGUAAUCAACAUCUGCUCAACAUUAAUAUUUUGUUGUUUGUUCCUUAUUCUGUAUUUGAGGUAGCACUGACCAGUAUGAAACCUUUCUGCUAUAAUGUUUUCUGUCUUCCUGAAAGCUGUUUUUAAACACAAAGCUUCCCUGUUUUCAUUUCCUGCAUUGUACUAGGAUCCAACAUUGCAUGAAAUUCCUACUUCCAGUCUCCAGGAUGUUGGUGUGCAAAGCUCAACAAGGUCAUGAUAACCAAGGAGGUCACACUGUUAGAGCAGUAGUUAAAAGCAAGGGUCACCUGCAGCCCUUGACAGGUAUCCCUUCCAGUGUCCUGGAAGUGGAUAUACUUGUUUUAUCAUAGUGAUCCACUGGGCUUUAAGCAUAACCCAUGUUGAUAAUAAAAUGAAUAUCACAACGUGGCCCCUGGGUUUUGCUCUUCAAUAUCCACAAAUCACUCCAUCAUUUGUUGAUGGAGUAUGCUUCUGGCUAUACCAGUUAUCCUGAUCUUGGAAAGCCUAAAUUCAGGGCCCAUAAGGCUUUCUUUUUGCCUCCCAGUCACUCAGGGUGGAGUGCAGAGGGCACAAGGAAUGCUGCAUGAAGGGGAAAACUUUUUCUCUUUCAUCUUGAGUUAGACAGGACCAUUACCCCUUCUCCUUCUCUUUUUUUUGACCUUGAAGGGAAAUACAGAAUACAGUGUCAGGAUGUUUUGUUUAUGGUCCAGAUUCUUGGUGAGCACCUGAUUUUUUGAUUCAUAGAGAAGUUAUAACACCUUUCAUCAGCUAAGAAUUUGGUCCAUGGUGUUUUGUGACACCACUACAAUCAAAAAAGUGUUACUGUCUUAUUUCUCUUCAUGUUCUCAGUGCAUUUCUCUGUUUCCAGACACUGUGACACUUAUGACACAUGUCAGGCAGAAGUAACACAGUUCCCUUCUGUACCAGUAGUGGCUAUAGUAUUUUUAAAUGACAGUAAACUGGAACUUUUUUCAUAGUUGCAGAAAAUAAAUCUCUGAUCAACAUGUGCACUGAUUUCUUUGAAGAUAUAUGUUAACCUUCCAGUGUGAUGUGAGUACCUUAUCCAAUCUCCAUAUAUUUUCCAUUAUUUCUGACCCCUUACCAUGUCGCAGGUGCGCAAUAUGAUGGUUUCAUUUCAGGACUAAUGUAAUUUUCUCAUAGUUGCUUAUGUAGGAGUAGUAUGUACAAAAUGUCUAUUUUGUAGCUGGUGAUUUUAAUAAAAAGUGAAGUAAAUGACACCCUUAUAAAUACAGGCUGUCUUUGUCAUUUGUCAGUCUAAAACUGCAUAUACAAACGUAGAAGGUACCUCUAAGCACUCCAGAUAAAUAGUGCUUCAGC